AUGAUUCGUCUCUCGACUGUUCUCGUUCUUCUCCUGCUCUCUUCCGAUUUGUUCGGAUACUCAUCUCCCCUUGUUCCAAACCCGGGACGGAUGACUCGAAAAACUGUGCUCAACUAUGUCCGAUUCUACGGGAAUAUUACUUGUCAAUACGCAAACGAUCCAGCUAUCGCUCUACUAGAACUAUGGGAGCAUGAUUCACCAGUGAAUGCUGAUGAUCACUUGCCGCAAACCAUUGUUCUGGAUCAGACCGUCUACCCUUACAAAUACGACAUACACGCUACCAUCGAUAGGGAUGAAUCAAACCACUACGAAUUCUACCUGUGGGUGCAGCACAACUGCACUUUCAAUCGUCACACUGCAAAAAGAAAAGUAUGGGUCCAGGAAAAAUUGGUCAGCGAAACCUAUAUCAAUGCUGCAGCAUCAUUCGAGCUUUUCAAAUAUGGAGAUUAA